CCGCCAGCGGUCCCGGAACCAGCGGUCACGCCCGUGCGGGUGGCGCCGCUGCCACCGCUCACCAUGGCCCCGGGUCUCCGGCUGCUGCUACCGGUCGUGCUUUGCGUGGGGUUCGGCGCGCUCGUGUCUUCUUCGGGAGCCGGAGGCUUCCGCAAGCGAGGACCCUCGGUGACGGCCAAGGUCUUCUUUGAUGUGAGGAUUGGAGACAAAGAUGUUGGCAGAAUUGUGAUUGGCCUCUUUGGAAAAGUUGUGCCCAAGACAGUGGAAAAUUUUGUUGCUCUAGCAACAGGAGAGAAAGGAUAUGGAUAUAAAGGAAGCAUGUUUCAUCGUGUCAUCAAGGAUUUCAUGAUUCAAGGAGGCGACAUCACUGCUGGAGAUGGCACUGGUGGUGUGAGCAUCUAUGGUGAGACGUUUCCAGAUGAGAACUUCAAGCUGAAGCACUAUGGCAUUGGGUGGGUCAGCAUGGCCAACGCUGGGCCUGACACCAACGGCUCUCAGUUCUUCAUCACCUUGACCAAGCCCACCUGGUUGGACGGAAAACAUGUGGUAUUUGGAAAAGUCAUUGAUGGGAUGACAGUGGUACACUCCAUAGAGCUCCAAGCAACUGAUGGGCAUGACCGUCCACUCACCAACUGCUCAAUCGUCAACAGUGGCAAGAUAGACGUGAAAACACCUUUUGUGGUUGAGGUUGCUGACUGGUGACACAACUGGCAGAAAACAGACACACUUUGGCAGGAGUAUGUGUGUGUGUCUGCUGUGUGUCUUUCAAUUCUUUGGUUUGUUUGUUUGUUUACUUUCUUUUAAUUUGCUACCCCAGAUCAUAGAGAAGUUAUGAAAGUCAAACCCUCAGCCUUUAGUGUGCUUGAAUUUUAGUAAACCCCCUGCUUAGGGACUUUGAACUGAAAUAUAUCCCCUCAAGUGGUGCUAUUUUUAAACUGGAAAAACUUUGAAUUGGCUAUUUUUUUAAUGCAAUAAUAUUUUUUCUGAAUUCAUUAUGAUCCCUCUGUUGGGUAAUGCUAAAGAUUUGUCUGAAACAGAUGAGGAUAUGUUUAUUAUUUUGUAUCCAAGUAGAAAUUCAGAUAAGGGAAAUUUGACUAGUAUAAUCUGAGAUAUGUCAUAGGGAUUUCUUCCUGAUAAAAAGGUGCUUUGGUGUUCUUUAUAUUAAAUGCUUUU